AUGGAUGCGGCCAUCCCCACUCCCCGUCUGCAACGAAACAACACAAUCACAAUCCCAAAGCCCUCUCUCGUCCUCCGCACACCCAAUCAACCAAAGUCUAAAUCCAAGCACAUAGCCGACGACGACAGCAACAACCAGCCACUCGUGCCCUCGCAGACGCGCCAGUCCCACUCAAUCGUCCCAAAACCUCAGGACCAAAUCCCAGAAUUUCCUCCACCACACGUUAUUCUCCACAAGGACGAUGCAGGCUCAAAGGUCUUUCACGCUCUAGCGCGUUCGUUGCUCUCAGUCGACAACCGCGCCACGACUGUCAAGGACCUGGCUGAUCUCGCUGUGAACAAUGGCCUGGGUUGUCAGAAUUCUUCAGCCGCAACUCAGGCUAUUACAACUUACUUGCGCAUGCAUAAUGAGCGCUGCGAAGCUGAUCACGAUCAACCCCUGCUUCUUUCACACAACAUGUCCGGCACAGACGCAGACGACGACCUCAUCCCCGCCCUCUACUCCCUGCAAGGUGGAAACCCAAAGAAACUCUGUCCGAACAGAAAGACAAACUUUAGGAAGAACACCACCGUAUGGUAUCUCAGCCGUGCCACCGGUGCCGCAUGCCCCUUUGCCCGCGCAGGAAUCCGUCUUUGUGAUUACGACGUCCUUACGGAAGAGGAUCCCGAAAAGGAGCACAAGCGAAGACGCUCCAAGCAUUUCGACUCGAUCUCGGCUGGCCAGAAACGCAAACGCCCACUCAGGAGCUGUGUGGCAUCGGGUCUUGCCUCUGACUCAGAGUCCGAAAAGGGUGAAGACAAGCGCCCGCAGAAGAGGCUGACGCUGCGAAUCAAACUCAAUGGUGCUUUCACUCCCCGACCACAGCCCGAGAGGUCACAGGUCAGCUCAGAUGACGACUCGUCUGACGAGGAAGAACCGAUGGAGGUGGAUAAUUCAGACCGGGAGUCAGAGGCCCCCGAGAGCAAGAAGGAAGAAGAGGAAGAGUGGAGGCUACCCCCUUAUCCACGGCGCUCUAUAUCCAUUCCCUGCUAUACACCUUCAUACGAGGGUGCAUACCCGCAAUUUCCUCUGCACAACCAUUAUCACGACCCCUUCCGUCGAUCCCCGUCCCUCGCCUUCAGCUCGGGCUCACCACCACCGGAUUCUGAGGAUGAAGUAGACGACUUCCAUAUCACCAUGACACGGACAGACGAUUUCCCUGAAGACUUUAGCAGCGAAUCUGAGAGCGAAGGCGAAACUCAGUUCGAGAGUCCAGGCCCGAGAUCACCUUCAGCACCACCGCUACCGUCAACAUCCAUUACCGUCAAAGAGGAACCUCGCGACCUUCAAAGCAUGCUCGACGCCUGGGAUGACCUUGAUGCAGGACUGACCGAGCCGAACGUGGUGCGGGUGGAAGCAGGGCCUCUGGCACUCAAGUCGGAGCCUCUUGAUUUAUGGGACUGGGAUUCUGAGCCCACCGCUCGCAUAAAGCAGGAGGACCUCAGCUUUGAUUCACUCUUCCCGUCAGAUUCUGCCUUCUCCACCCCCUCUCUUUCUUCACCAUCAACUUCUUCGAGGCUAACCCCAGAAUUCACGGGGUCACAGUCGAUAUCUCACGAUGAUGUGCAGGACUCACCCUCACGCAGUAACACAGUGCGGCUGAGGUCCAAGACAGUCCCCGUUUUCUCCACACCAAGUUCUAAUGAUACACCGGCCUCAUUGUCCGUUCCACCGCCACCUUCUCUCAACGCUCGGAGUAAUACCAUUUCCGGAGAAUCCGCUGAAUCACCACUCCUGCCUUCCUCUUCAAGCCUGCCCCCUUCUAUUGCUUCGCUUAUCCAGUCCAUGAAUACCCUUUCUGCAGCAGUAUCACCAUCGUCUCUCGUCCUUAGUCCCGUCACCCCUCCCUCAGGCUCUGACGCGGUCGUUGUCCACACUUGCCAACCUUGUUCCCCACCCAUCACCGCAACUCAGAUCGAGGAUAUUUCUGUAUAUCAGAUGGUUCUCGGCAGCUUCCAUUUCCUCCGGCGCAUAGACACGGACUUUGUUAACCUUUCCCCCAUUGCGGCCUACAACAAAUCACCGUUCCCCGUUAUUACGACCAUCCCCAACGCCACUCCUAUUAAGGGAUCCCCCACCGUUUCCGGAAUCUGGGUCCCUCUUUCCGCUGCCCAGGCCUACCUCAGAGACCAUCCAGCAGAGGGCAGUGAAUUUGAUAUCUUCCUAUCGGACCAACUGUAUGAGCGGUUCCCGAGUGCAUUGCAGGACUUUGUCAAGAGCAAUGUGCCGACGCGGUCGCUCAAUCAGUUUGGCAGGCACUUUGGAAGCACGCUUCAACAGUUCACACAACACCCACCGGUACCCCUCACUCCCAACGAAGUGUUGGCCAGGAAUCCGCCGCAACUUCAGCUCCAGCAAAUCACGACACCUUCGCCCACGUCCAAUGCAUAUACUCUCUCCGCCUCCCUCUCGAUCUCUGAAAAGCACCAUGCUGCGAUGAUUGAACCACCGCUCAAUGCAGCCGAGCAAGAGAUUUUUGAACUCUGUGUCGUUCCAGAUUGGGACAGAGACGUAGACUCUGGGUCCUCGGCACCUGGAAGCGCCACGCCUGGCCCUAACGCUGAGCCACGAGGAUCAAGAGGCGAGAGUGAUAUGCAGGUCGACGAACAGGAGUGUACGACUCUUGAGGCAGGCGAUUCAGAUUCCUCAUCCUUGACUUCACUCUCGUCUUCCCCGGAAGUAUCUGGGGAAGAUGACUUGAUGAAGGAAGGGGCGGGACCGUCUUCUCCUACUUUGCCGGCGCCACCGCAGAGUCUGAAGCCAUCUCCAUCGAGCUCCGAUGAGAUGGAGACUGCCCUUCCACCUGCCUCCUCCGAUCUGGAUGUCGGUUCCAUCGUCAAAGAAGGAACCAAGGAAACUUCGACAGGUGUUAGUGCUAAUGAAGAUUCGUCCACUACUGUUGUGCCGCAGAGGAAGCGGAAAGGUAGUUCGUCACGACCAAAUCGGCCUGCGCCAUUGCGACGUUCCAAACGGGUGGCCGAGAUUGCGGCCCAUCAUAAUCCGAGUUCACCUUCGACUUCUACCCCAGCCAGUGUGAACACACGUAGCCGUCGACGUGGUUCAAGGAAUUCCCUCUCUUGA